GUUUGCUGCCCGACGUUUAUGUUCAUCUUACGCUAAGGGUGGCAUAAAUGACGGGUGUAAUCAUGGAAGAUAUAUAUUGGGACAAUUUUCUCGCAUCAGAUGAAGCUAUAUGAGUUUAGAGGAGAGCCACUACGCGUGUCUCCCUCUCUCUCACACCGAGCCCCCUCCUCCUCCGCUGGCAAUUUAUAAAGAACAAAAAAUUCGACUAGGGAGGGGGUUGAUACGCCGAAGCUGAAAUCGAGAGGCGAACCCAGGAAAGGAGUAUAUUGUACACGCGACUUUCCCCCCCUUCGUCCCCCAAAAGGAGGGGGAAAAGUCAGAAUUGUGGAAUCGAAAAGGAAAAUAAGGUUCAAAAGACGUGAAAACGUCUUCCGUUGUGGAUACCGUAUAUCUUUUUAAUUCGAAAAAAUAUGGCCGAGAACGUUCUGGACUCUGGCCCGCCUUCAGCCAAGAGGCCUAAACUAUCCUCUCCGGCACUGUCUGUCUCCGCCAGCGAUGGAAACGAUUUCGGCUCGUUGUUUGACCUGGAGCAUGACCUCCCGGACGAGCUUAUCAACUCCUCAGAGUUGGGCCUGGUCAACGGUGGGGACCUCAGCCAACUGCACACCAGCCUGGGAGGUGGGAUGGGCCCAGGGGGAGGGGGUGGCCAGGACGCGGUGGCCAAGCACAAGCAGCUCUCCGAGCUCCUUCGAUCAGGCGCUCCACACGCCUCCACCCAGCAGGGCACAGUGGGCAGUACAGGCGGGGCCAGCAUGGGCCACCUGGGAAACAUGAAGGUGUCCCCUGGGCCCCAGGGCAUGGGCCAGCAGCAACACCUCUCACCUCAGCAACAGGCCAGCAUGAUGCAGCAGCAGGUGGGGAUGGUGGGCAGCAUGAAUCGGGGAAUGAUGGGGGCCCAGAAGGGCAACGGACAGCAGCAGCAAUCCAUGAUGGGUGGGCAGGUGAUGAACGGAUCCCCCAGGAUGGGCUUCUUGAACCAGGGGAUUGGGGGGAACAGUAACCUGCUGGCUGAGACUCUGCAGCAGGGGGCUGGUGGACAGGCUGGACUCAGAGUACAGCAACCUGGAGCAAUGAACAAGAUGGGUAUGAUGGGUAACCCGGGCUCCUAUGGAGGCCCCUAUGGAGGGCAGCAGGCAGGCCUGGGGGGAGCAGGGCUGGGCCCUCCGCUCCAGAACAAAGGCUCCAUGCCCAACAGCCUGGCCCAGUUCAGCAUGGACAAGAAGAGCCAGCCCAUGCAGGGCAUGUCUGCCAUGGCCUCCCAGCAGUCCGCUGCAGGUGUGGGCGGUGGAGCCGGAGGCACUGCAGGGAUGGUCCCCAACGCCCAGGGAGGCCUAGGGCCCACCGUGUCUGUAGCCGCAGCAGCCGGGGCGCCCCCUACGGCCGACCCUGAGAAGCGCAAGCUUAUCCAGCAGCAACUAGUGCUCCUGCUACACGCACACAAGUGCCAGCGGCGGGAGCAAGCCAACGGGGAGGUGCGCCAGUGCAACUUGCCACACUGCCGUACCAUGAAGAACGUCCUCAACCACAUGACCCACUGCCAGGCCGGCAAGUCUUGCCAAGUGGCUCACUGUGCUUCAUCCAGACAGAUCAUCUCUCACUGGAAGAACUGUACACGGCAUGACUGUCCGGUCUGCCUGCCACUCAAGAACGCCGGGGACAAGAGGAACCAGCAGUCUCUGCUAGGGGGUGCUGGUGUAGGUCUGGGUAGUUCCCUGGGCUCAGUGCCCGGAGGCCAGCCCAGCACCCCAAACCUCAACCCCCCCAGCCAGAUCGACCCCAGCUCCAUCGAGAGGGCCUACGCCGCCUUGGGCCUCACUUACCAGGGCCUGCAGAGCCAGCCCAACCAGGCUUCUCUGCCCUCACAGGGCCUGCAGAGCCAACCGGGCAUGAGGCCGCUCAAUCCCAUGGUGGGUAACCCGAUGGGAGUGAAUGGAGGUGUGGGUGUUUCACCUCAGAACCAGCAGGCCAGCCUGCUACAGGACACCAUGCUACACCUCAACAUGAACUCCCAGGGUCUGAUGAGUGAUGCGGGCGGGGCGGGUAACAUGGGAUGCAUGCCCACGGCGACCCCACCCUCUGCAGCGGGCAUGAGGAAGAGCUGGCACGAGGACAUCACCCAGGACCUGAGGAACCACUUGGUGCACAAACUGGUACAAGCCAUCUUCCCGACCCCAGACCCUGCUGCUCUGAAGGACAGGCGGAUGGAGAACCUAGUGGCGUAUGCUAGGAAGGUGGAGGGGGACAUGUACGAGUCUGCCAACAGCAGGGCGGAGUACUACCACCUGUUGGCUGAGAAGAUCUAUAAGAUCCAGAAGGAGUUGGAGGAGAAGAGGCGGACGCGGCUCCAAAAGCAGGAUGGUCCCCUCCCUGACCACUCUCUGGUGCGGCCCGGUGGACCCAACCAGAUGGUUAAUAGGAUGCAGAACCCUGCAGGUAUGAACCAGUUCAACCAAAUGGGGAUGCAGUCUAUGGGUCAGAGGUUGACCCCUCCUCUACCCCUCACACCCAUCAACCAGAUGGGCAUGGGGAACCCCAGGAUGAGCCAGCCCAACGUGGGCCAGAACCAGUACCUGCCCCAGGGACAGUUCCCAGGCUCCGGUCCAGGCCUCGGCACUGGUCAGCCUGGCAUGAGCCAGCAAGGCAACCAGGGAGGCAUGGCACAGCCUAGUAUGACCCAGCAAGGCAACCAGGGAGGCAUGGUACAGACUCAGAUACCCAUUCCUUCCCCUCUCCCCGUCAACAGCCCUCUAGCCGGGCCUGGCUCGGUCGGUGGGGGUAGUGGCGUCCCCUCGGUGGGGCCCAUGGGUCCCCAGAGUGUGGGUGGAGGCCCCUUGUCCAACCUGCCCCUGUCCAACAACCCCCAGCAGCCCAACUCCAUCCCACACCUCGCGGCCAUGCGCCAGAGCUCUCCCUCCCCUGCCCGCAGUCUUACCCCCACACCCCACCAAACGCCACCCAGGCUAGCGGGCUCACAGACCCCCCAGCCCCACACCCCCAACCCGUCUCAGCUGGCCCCCCCAGGCCCUCAGCAGCAGCUAGGGCCCGGCAGCCAGGGGCCAGGCUCCAACAAGCCCAUGCAGCAGGGGAUGGGGGUGGGGUCCACCACCCCAUCGCACCCUGGUCACCCCUCCACAACCCCCAACCCACAUGGAGGCCAGCUCCCUCGCACGCCUCGCACUCCGAUGUCCCAGAAGGGGGGCUUCCAGCCCCAGGACGGUCAGGCUCUGACCCCAGCGUCGGUCAGCAGUGUGGACACAGCCUCCCAGCAGGCCUCCCAUUCGGAUGCCUCGGCCUCCGUGGACCCCAAGACGGAGGUCAAGCAGCAGCAGGAUGAGGAGGACGACGGGGAGGAAGGCUGCUCCAAGGGGGGGAAGUUAUCCAACGUCAAGAUGGAGAACAAACCCAUCAAAAUGGAGGGGGUGAAGAAAGAAGAGUGUGGGGGCAAAGGUCUUCCCAUGGAAACGUCAUCAUUGGUGGGGGUAAAGAGUGAAGACAGGGUGAAGACUGAAGACCGGAAGCCGGAGGUGAAGAAGGAGCCAAAAGAGGAAGAGAAGGGAUCCGAGUCCCCUGGUACACCGUCUGGUGCCCAGAACAAGAGGAAGAUCUUUAAGCCAGAGGAGCUGCGCCAGGCCCUCAUACCCACCCUGGAAUCUCUAUACAGACAGGACCCAGAGUCUCUGCCCUUCAGACAGCCUGUCGACCCUCACCUACUGGGCAUACCUGACUACUUUGACAUAGUGAAGACCCCCAUGGACCUGUCCACUAUAAAGCGGAAGCUUGACACGGGUCAGUACCAGGAACCCUGGCAGUAUGUGGAUGACAUCUGGGUCAUGUUAAACAAUGCCUGGCUAUACAACCGCAAGACGUCCCGCGUCUACAAGUACUGCUCCAAGCUGGCCGAGGUGUUCGAGGCUGAGAUAGACCCCGUCAUGGUCAACCUGGGCUACUGCUGUGGCCGGAAGUUGGAGUUUUCUCCCCAGACGUUGUGCUGCUAUGGGAAGCAGCUGUGCACUAUACCCCGGGACGCUGCCUACUUCAGCUACCAGAACAGGUACCACUUCUGUGAGAAGUGCUUCAACGAAAUCCAGGGGGACAACGUGUCCCUAGGAGACGACCCCUCCCAGCCUCCGACUUCCAUCGGUAAAGAUCAGUUUGAGAAGAAGAAGAAUGACACAUUGGACCCUGAAUUGCUUGUGGAAUGUAUGGACUGUGGACGUAAGAUGCACCAGAUCUGUGUCCUGCACAACGACACGAUCUGGCCGUUAGGUUUUAAUUGUGAUGGCUGCUUAAAGAAGUUGAAUAAGACACGUAGAGAGAACAAGUAUGCCGCCAAAAGGUUGCCCCACACUAAGCUGGGCUGUUAUUUGGAGACGAGGGUGAAUGACUUCCUGAAACGUCAGAGCCACCCUGAGUCGGGUGACGUCACCAUCCGAGUCGUCCACGUCUCUGACAAGGUGGUGGAGGUCAAACCAGGCAUGAAGUCCAGGUUUGUGGACACUGGGGAGAUGUGUGAGUCGUUCCCAUAUAGAACGAAAGCCCUGUUUGCCUUUGAGGACAUCGAUGGCGCUGACGUCUGCUUCUUCGGCAUGCAUGUACAGGAGUAUGGCUCGGACUGCCCUCCUCCCAAUCAGAGACGCGUGUACAUCUCGUACCUGGACAGUGUUCACUUCUUCCAGCCUCGUUCUUUGAGGACGGGCGUCUACCAUGAGAUUCUCAUUGGCUACCUGGAGUAUGUCAAGAAGCUGGGGUACACGACGGGUCACAUCUGGGCGUGCCCACCUAGUGAAGGGGACGACUACAUCUUCCACUGUCACCCUAUGGACCAGAAGAUCCCCAAGCCCAAGAGGCUACAGGAGUGGUAUAGGAAGAUGCUGGACAAGGCUGUGGCGGAGCGCAUAGUGCACGACUUCAAGGACAUCUUCAAGCAGGCCACGGAGGACCGUCUGACCAGUGCCAAGGAGCUGCCGUACUUUGAGGGGGACUUCUGGCCCAACGUGCUAGAGGAGAGCAUCAAGGAGCUGGAGCAGGAGGAGGAAGAGAGGAAGAGAGAGGAAAACAGUACUUCCAACGAGAGCGUAGAUGCCACGAAGGGCGACAGCAAGAACGCCAAGAAGAAGAACAGCAAGAAGACUUCUAAGAAUAAGAGCAGUAUGAGCAGAGCCAAUAAGAAGAAGCCAGGCUUGCCCAACGUGUCCAAUGACCUCUCUCAGAAACUCUACGCCAGCAUGGAGAAGCACAAAGAGGUAUUCUUUGUGAUCCGUCUGAUAGCAGCACCCAUGUCUAACACGCUGGGCCCCAUUACGGACCCCGACGGCCUGAUGGCCUGCGACCUGAUGGAUGGGCGCGACGCCUUCCUCACCCUGGCCCGGGACAAACACUUGGAGUUCAGCUCGCUGCGCAGGUCCAAGUGGAGCUCCAUGUGCAUGCUGGUGGAGCUCCACAACCAGAGCCAGGACCGCUUCGUCUACACCUGCAAUGAGUGCAAGGGCCAUGUGGAGACACGCUACCACUGCACCGUCUGCGAGGACUAUGACCUGUGCAUCACCUGCUACAAUACUAAGGGCCACAUCCACAAGAUGGAGAAGCUGGGUCUGGGCCUGGACGACGAGAGCAACAACGCAGCCUCCUCGUCCAUUGCCAACCCCGGGGACUCGCGGCGCCUCAGCAUCCAGCGCUGCAUCCAGUCUCUGGUCCACGCCUGCCAGUGUCGCAAUGCCAACUGCAGCCUGCCGUCCUGCCAGAAGAUGAAGCGUGUGGUGCAGCACACCAAAGGUUGCAAGCGCAAGACCAACGGCGGCUGCCCCAUCUGCAAGCAGCUCAUCGCUCUCUGCUGCUACCAUGCCAAGCACUGCCAGGAGAACAAGUGUCCCGUACCGUUCUGUCUGAACAUCAAGCACAAGCUGAGGCAGCAGCAGCUCCAGCAUCGGCUACAGCAGGCCCAGAUGCUGCGGAGGAGGAUGGCCAGCAUGCAGAGGGUGGGUCAGCCACCUCCGGGACGGGGAAACGGUGGACUACCAUCUCCGGGAAACAACGGCACCACAGGGCCCAGCACCCCCAUGUCUGUGGGCACGCAGCCCCCCACGCCUCAGACCCCCACCCAGGGGAACAUGCCCCAGCAGGGGAUGGGCCAGGGCCCCCCAGGGCAGCAGCAGGGCAGCAUACCCCAGCAGCACCACAUGCAGCACCAGUUCCAGCAACAGAUGCAGGGGGGAGGGGGAAUGAUUAACUCUCCUCAGCAGCAACAGAUGGUCCAACAACAGCUCCAACAGCAGCAACAGGGCCAGUCUCCAAAUGUCCAGCAGAUGCAGCACCCAGGAGGUCUGCCCCCCUACACCCCCAGACCUCCAGGAGCCUCGCCCCUCCACCAGUCCCUGGGUAAACCUGGUCUGGGCCCAGCCACCCCUCCACAGCAGCAGACCAACCCUAGCCAGGGUUCCAUGCCCCAGGGGCCGCAGCAGCAGGGGCCUCCUCCGGCAGCGGUGGAGAUAGCGUUGAAGAUUCAGCGUGUGGCAGAGACCCAGCGUCAGAUGGCCCAGGCCCAGAUCCUCCAAAGGCAGCAGGCAGCCCAGGGUGGAGGCAUGAUCCCCCCUCACCACCAGAACCCCCAGGCCCAGAUGCAGAGCAUGGCCCACCCAGGAGCAGGCAUGGUAGGGCCCCAGGGCCAGGGUCUGGCAGGGAGGACCCUGAUGGAGCAGCAGGGGAUGGUGGUGGGGCCAGGAGGCAUGCAGCAGCAGUCCCAGAUCCCCCCUCAGGUUCAGCUCCAGCAGCAGGCCCGACUUCAGAACCCCAACCAACAGCAGUGGGGAGGCCCUGGUGGGAUGACUCCCCAGCAGAGGCAAGGCAUGAUGGGACAGAUGGGUCACCUGACACUGCAGCAACAGCAGCAGCUUGCCCAGCAACAGCAGCAGCGGCAGCUUGCCCAGCAACAACAGCAGCAGCAACAACAGCAAGGUCAGCCCCAGCAACAACAACAGCAGGCAGGGCAAGGGGGGUUAAUGGGGUUGAUGGGAGUUCAAGGUGGCGUGGCUGGGGCGGCGGCGGCAAUGGUGGGGACAGGGAACCUCCCCCAGGCAGCUCUACAGGACCUCCUGCGUACCCUCCGCUCUCCCAGCUCCCCCGGCCAGCAGCAACAGGUCCUCAACAUCCUCCGCUCCAACCCCCUCCUCAUGGCUGCUUUCAUCAAGCAGCGAGCCGCCCGAUACCAGGGAGGUCCAGGGGUGCCUGGGGCACCGGGAGGAGGCCCCGGAGGGGGGCCUGGAGGUGUGCGGUUCCAGGGGGCCCCUGGUGGGGUAGGAGUUGGGCCUGGUGGUAACCAGGUUGUUAUGGAUGGUCAGCAGGUCAACGUAAAUCCUGGAGCGGCCCAGGCAGGUAUGAACAUGGGCCAGGGAGGAGGAAAUAUACCCACUAUGGCUCAGCUACAGCAGUUGCAGCAGCAGCAACUGCAGCAGCAGCUGCAACAGCAGCAGCAACAACAACAGCAACAACAGCAGCAACAACAGCAGCAGCAACAGCUGCAGCGCCCCCUCUUGCCUGGGAGUUUGCAGCAACAGCAGCAAAUGGCAGUGCAACAACCGCAGCAACAACAAGGCGGUAUGCCAGGCCAAGGCACCCCAAUGUCCAACAUGACUCCCCAGUUCAGAGAGAUUCUGAUGCGAAGGCACCUGCAGCAACAGCAGCAGCAACAACAACAACAGAUGAGUAACAAUGGUCAGUUCCAGCAGCCCCAACAGCAGGGUCAGGGCCAGCAGGGCUUCAUGCAGCAGGGCCAGCCUGGUCAACCUGGCCAGACCCAGUCUGGGGGGGGAGGGCCGCAGCAGGGGGGAGGGCAGGGACCCCAACCGGGUCCCGGGCAGGGCCAGCAAGGGCAGGGCUACCCUGGAACCAUGUCUCAGCAGGUAGCCACAGCCCUGCAACAGAGGCUGCAGCACCAGAUGCAGAUGCAGCAGAUGCAGCAACAGGAUGGUGGGGGUGCGGGGCCUGGGCAGCUCCAACAGGGGCAGCAGGUUCCCCAACAAGGCCAAGGUGGUCCCCCCCAGCCCCAGUCCUCCCAUGCCAUUCUCCAGCAGGCCCUCCACCAGAGACUCCUCCAGCAGCAGCACCUAGGAGGGGGCUCGCCUGCCCAGCACGGCAGUCCUAUGAGCCCCCAGCAGCAGAUGGCCCAGUCCCCACACCCCCACCUCCAGGGCCAGGCUCUGGGCGGUCAAUCUCUCAGUAACCAGGUGCGUUCUCCUCAGCCUUCCCCUCGGCCACAGUCCCAGCCACCCCACUCCAGCCCCUCGCCACGCAUGCAACCCCAGCCCUCCCCUCACCGCAUCUCCCCCCAGAACCAGACAGGCUCCCCACACCCAGGUCACCUCUCCCAGCACCACCCUGGCAUGGUGGCCUCCCAAAACCCACAACAACAAUUGUCACAGCAACAACAACAGACUAACUCUGGGGACCCGGGUACAUUUGGUUCGGACCCAAGUGCUAUGAUGUCCCAGAUAAGUGGGAUGGGGGGUUUGCAUGGCCCAGGGCAAUCGGACAUGUUGGGUAAUAACAACCAGGACCUGGGGACGAACAUUAACCACAACAGUUUAGACAUUAUGUAACCUACUACUACGUCUGUCUCAGUGGUCUGAAGAACUGCCUUCAUGGGUCUUGCUGGGAUUAAAUGGAAGGGGGAUGGCAGUUUUAAAAGGUAUUUUUAUUUAAUAUUUUUCUGAUGUAUAAAUGAAAAGAACUUAACUUCCUAUGGGAGAUGCAACAUUUUAAAUCUACAAGUCAAUAAAUGAAUAAAUUAAACGAAUGGUAAGUUA